GUUUCCGGUUGAAAAAGUUUGAAAAAUGGAGGCCCCCGUCUUAUCGGAUAAACAAGCUCGCCGCAGUAUUUCAGGGAAGCAGAAACGUAAAGAUCCUGUUAAAAAUGUCUUGAUGAAUCCUUAUGAUGAUAAAUGGUCUCCUCUGGAUGAUCAAGUACAGGAAGAAAUACUGCAAAAAAUGAAAAGCACAUUUGAAAAGCUAAAGCUGGGUGAACCUGUCAUCAAAAGAGAAUUAAGGGAUAUUAAAGUAAAGAAAAACAGUAAGAAGAAACAGGAAAAGACAAGACAGAAAUUAUACAAAAUAAGAGAAUGGACGACAGAACAGCGCCAGUUAAGAGGACAAUUUGUAACUGGGAUAAACGCUGUGACCCGCCACCUUGAAAAAGGACUCCUCCAACUAGUUAUAAUAUGUGCUGACACAUACAACAGUACCCCAAUAAUUUUGAAACACUUCAGGGGUCUCUGUAGCUCUAGGAAAUGUCCUGCCGUAAAAGUGGCGAACUUUAGCUGCACGUUAGGACCCCUUGUAUACAUGAAAUCAGUGGCUGUUAUAGGGUUUAAGGAAAUCAUUGCGAGUGAUAGUCCCUUUAUCGCAUUGAUAGACUUUAUCAAAUCAGUAGCACCACCUAUCACUGACAUUUGGAAUGAACAUAUGGACACAAACUCUGAAGUUUCGAUUAACAAACCUACCAAUAUAAAAAAUGUUGGAUUGGUGUCUCAUACCGAUAACAAUGAUACAAAACAAAAAGCUUCUAUCAAAGUGGAGGCAAAACCAGUAGUUGCUAAAGCAACAGGAAUUCAACAUAAAUCAGGAUUGACUUCAAUUCCAAGUGCCAGUGAACCAAAUAAAAAUUACGAUUAUCUCUAUAUUUAUAAGGAAAAAUUGGCGCAAGGAUUAGGAACUCUAGGAGAUUUUUUAAGUUUGGAUGGGAGAUCAAGUAAAAAUGAGGCUGACUAUAUUCCAUCUGAUUUUAGCGAUUCAGAUUCGGAUAAAGAAAUCGAAAAAGUAAGAAUCAAACCAGAAAUCAAAGCAGAAAAACGCAAAAUUGAUACUGGUGAACUUUAUAAAGAUGUGAAUAUUAAGAGAGUAAAUACUGGUCCUAAGAAAAUCAAGAAAGUGAAGAAGAAAAAGAAUAAGAACUAGACCCUCAAAAUGGAACAUAGAUGAAUCAUAGAAAGGAGAUUUAUAUGAAAGAUGAAUGAAUAGAA